CACGAAUGGCGCAACCGAACGAAGGACUCGUCGUUGCUUUCUUCGUUGCUCGUGCACACACACCGAUUUCACACACACACAACAACAACAACAACACGACCAAUCAACCAACCAUCGACACCCUUGUCCUCGUGAGCCCACACCCCAACCUCACGACCUCACGAGCAGCCUGUGGGUGACGCGACUGUGUUCCCAUGCCGUUGUGGCCGCUGCCACCCUUUGACAUUCCUGCACCAGCUACUAGGACCAGGGUAGAUAGUCAGGCAGUUGCAACCAUCCAACAUCCACCAACAUCCACCAACAGCAAAACAACGAUCGACAACGACAGCCACUGCCAAGCUGUUUUUCUGAGCUGUGUAUCCGUCUCACUUCCCGUUCCCAGCCCAAUCUCUCGAUCGGCCACUGUGCCUCUCUGCCUCGGGCUGCACUACACUGCUUCUUGAGCAAGCCAAAGCACCGCCCACUGACCAACACACACACCCAACUGCUUUUCAGUGGCGGUCCGGUUUUCUUGCACACUCCUCUCUUUCCGCAACCAAUCCACCAACCAAAACAACAGCAACCCAACUGCUGUUGCUGCCUCACCCAAUUCGCAGCACAGCACAGUACAACAGCUUGCCAGCGACAAUAACGCCAAAGGGGGUUUGUUGCUGUCAAAGCAGACAAGUCUGGUUGUCGUCAGGUGGGCCGUGACCAAACCGUCCACAACUCACCGCCGCCGUUCCACCCGAGCUCAACGGAGGUCGAGCCGGCCACCAUGGACCGCGACGAUGCCGUGAAGCAGCAGCUCCUGCAGCUGGAGGCAGACUACCAUGCUGGCCGUAUCACGAAGAAAGGCUACCAAGAGUACUACCACGAGAUUAUGCUGCAGCGCAACGGGCCAACAGCGUCCGUGCUGCCCGGCUCACCGGGAUCGCCGGCGUCACACCGUCGCUCCUCCUCGUCACCGAGCGAAACGAGCUCCCAUUCCCCCGUGAGCCGCGGGUCGUCGACGCCGAGAUCGGGCGACCACCACCGCGUGGAGUCGCCCUCAAAGUAUGGCCUCCUCGCACAGCUGCAGCAGCAGAAGCAGCACAUGCAGCAGCGAAACGGCCACCAGCACCAGCAAGAACAGCAGCAACAUCAAGAACAACAGCAUGGGCAUGUCGUGCGCCACCACACGAUGACAUCUGAGCUUGAUAGCGACGGCGAAGGGAGUAUGGACAGCUUCGACACUGCUGUAGGCAACAACGCCGCCGUGCUUGAACUCCCGCGCACAGACGGGUUUGACGUGACCGUUGUCGCCGAGGAAACAACCGAGCACGUGUGGGACGAGCGCAGCAGUGCCAGCCGCCGCGCUGUCUCACCACGCACCGGCGCCGAGGGCAAGUCGCAGCGGAGGCCCGUUGCAGAGGUUACCACCACCACCGCCACCACCGCCCACGGUAGCAGCCAGCAACACCACCACCACCAUACCGCUGCUGCUGUUGAUGAUGACGACGACGAUGAUGACGGCCUGGACUACGAUGAGUGCGAGAAUGAAGGCGUGGAGCACUCACAGCGCGUGGAUGUGUACGCGGCGUUCAGCAGCGUGCGUCCACCCACGUCCCCUCGCCGCCACACGGAAUACGAGGAGGUCAUGGUGGCACCCGGCGCUGGUCAACACCCCCACCACCACCAACAACAGCAGCAUCAGCAGCAUCAGCAGCAUCAGCAGCAGGAUGCGACGCUGUAUUCGCAGCCCGGGGACGAAGAUGAUGCCAUCCACGAGCAGUGGCAGCAGGUGGCACCCGUCGACUACAGCGACCACUUUGACUUCCCACUGCCGCCGCCGCCGCCACCACCGCCACUCCCGCGCCACGCAGACCGCUUCCAGGGCCGCGAGUACGAGACCGUGGACAGCCUCCCGCCGGAGAUCUUCGGGCCGGACCCCGUCGGCGCACGUGCGCACGAGCAGAGCGAGGCCCGCCGCAGCAAGAAGAACAAGAAGGCGUCCAAGCAGCGCAAGAAGAAGAAGGACGAGCCCGUGUACGUGCCCUCUGCCCAGCAGCCGGGCCGUGAACACCAGAGCCUGUAUGAACAGCCGGCAGCCGUGAGCAGCUCCUCGCCUGCACGCCGUGGCCGCAGCGAGCACAGCGCACUCCACGACCCCAUGCGCCGGCUCAGCGGGCAGCACAAGACGCUGUCGUACAAGCCCGUGCACGGGCACGUGGAGCGGGUGCAGCGAAUGCUGCAGGAGGAAGCGCAGAACAGGGGGCGCAUCCCGCGUGAACGGUACGAGACGCUCUCGCGCCAGCCAGAGUCCGAGGCACACCGCUUCCUGACGCAACUGCGCAAGGCAAAGCGGACCGUGCUUCCGUUUAGCGAGCGCGCCCUGCAAGGCAUGGAGACCCCCACCCCGGGCAACGUGGGCGUGUCCCCGCACGGCAAUCGCCAGCCGUUUGCGUCUGGGUACAGCUUCCCCUUUGACAACUCCACAGACGGCGCGCCACAGAGCACCGAUUCGAUUGACCUGACGAGCGCAACCACGUUUGCAGAGUCGCUCACGCUGCGGUACAGCUACGUGCCCAACGCCAGCGCCCUGCAGGUGCACACGCGCGGGGGAAAGGCGUGCACGUCGUUCACGUGGAAGAUGCUGCGCAAGCAGGCGCGAGCCGUAUCGGAGGUGCUGCAGCAGGCCAUGGCAGCCCGCCGCGGAGAGGCAAGCCUCAUUGCCAACACGGACAGGGCGCACUCUGGCUCGCGACAGCACUACGCAGCGCUCAUCUUCGACUCGAGCAAUCCCACCAGCAUCUCCAACUUUGCCGUUGCCUUCCACGGCGCCACCAUGGGCGGCCUCAUCCCCGUGCCGCUCGCCUUCCCCAUGGCAGACGACCCGGCGAGCAUGCACGUGCGCGUGCGCUCGCUCGGCUUCGUCAUGAGCUCGUGUGCUGUCAGCAUCGUCAUCAGCGACACGACCAUGCGCAAGGUGCUUGACGAGGCGUGUGGUGGCGCCCUCACCCGCGGCCCGCUGCCCAAGGGCUGGCCCGACGUGCCGUGGAUGUUCGUCGACCGCCUCCCCCGCAUGAAGAAGACGAGGCAGCGCGGUGUGCACGUCAGCAACAGGGACGACAUUGCGUUUGCCAUGCCGGACCUGGCCACGUACAACGACAUCAAGACUGUGGCAAUGACGCACGACAACGUGUUUGCGCAGACGGCCGCGUUCAAGGCCUCACUCAGCCUCUCCAACACGAACCAGGUGUCUGUGGUGGCAGACGUGACGACAGGGCCAGGCAUGUGGGUGGCGCUCGCCACGGGUGUCACGUGCGGUUAUGAGACAAUUGUCAUUCCGUCGUACACCAUUGACAAGAAGCCAAAGCAGACCUGGGCGCACCUCUCCAAGUCUCCUCGCGCAGACACACUAGUUGUGGUUGAUGUGGACGGACUGAAGGCGCUGACGGGCACGCGCGAGGCGAUUGAUGCGUUUGCUGCACAUAUCCCGGACGUGGGUCGCUUUGUGAUUAUGCUGCAGAACGUUGUGCAGCGCGACGUGGUUAAGUGCGUCAAGGCGCUCGUUCACAAGGGGCUUCCCCAACAGCGCGUGCUGGUGUCGAUGUUCAGCGCCACAGGCAAUUUCAUCAUGACGGGGCCGCUUGCACAAUUCCGCACAGACGGCGAGCACGUGCGUCUGUCGUGUGUUCUCCCCGCCCCGGGCAUGCAAGCCUCCAUGAACAUGGGCCUGGUCCUCGCAAGUCCCCUCGCAGGCGCAUACGUUGGUGUCGUCCGCGUACACGCGGAUGAGCCGUGCGUGGAGACUGAACAGGGCGAAAUUGUCAUCAGCAGCAAGACCGCUGCGUCCCAAUUCGUCGGCCUUGAGAUGCAAUCUGCCAACACGUUUGCUGUCACUGUUCCCGGCGCUUCCGAGUCGAUGAAGUUCACACGCACCGGUCUCCUCGGAUGUGUCAACUUCAAGGCGGAUGGCAAACCUGAGGUUGUUGUGACGGGACUGCGCCGUGAUCUGAUGAUGGUGGAGGGAUUUGCCAUUCUUCGAUUCGGCAUUGAGAACACCAUCACCGAUUGCCAAGAGAAGUACAAGCUGGAGCUUCCGAUGAGCGGUCGCGAUGCCGCCAUCUUCGUCGAUUCCGUCGCCGGCAGCAACCGCCUCGUCCUCAUCCUCGAAACGGCGUUUGACGUGCUGGACGAGACAGACCCGAAGGACGUUGAUAAGACGCUGCAGCUGCUGGCAGGCCACAUUGAGAAGCACAACCAGAUUCGCCCCUUUGCCAUGCUUUUGGUUGAGGACAAUGUGCUUCCACGCAACAUCAACGGUCGCGUGGACUCCGAGCUGUGUGCGGAGUUGUACACCUCUGGCCGCAUUGACGCCUUGCACGUGUGCGUGGACUCCAUUUCCUGUAUUCCAGACAUUGUGGAGCAAACUUCCGCAGAGUCUCUCGACCGCCACGGAUCGGUCGGCAUCAUUCCUGCACUUGAAACGGCGCCAUCACAGCUGUCGCAACUGUCUGGACCGGAAAUCCACCUCGAGAGGAAACUUGCCAGCGCCAACACGAUCCUGAGUCUGCUCGUGAAGAAACUGCGUCGCUCCCCGGACACGCCCAUCUUCACCUUUGUGGACGAAAAGGCAAAGCGACUUGCAGUGACGCCGAAGAUGUUGAUGACACGCGCGCGUCAGAUUGCGCAAUCGCUUCACAACGCGGACGUGAAAGUGCACGACGUUGUCCUUGUCAUUGUCCCGCCAUCCCCAGACCUGGUUGCAUCCUUCUACGCGUGUCUGCUGCUUGGCGCUCUCCCCAUCCUGCUGCCGACAGCGACGACGCGCGAUGAUGUGCACACCAUGAUGCCUGUGUGGGAGAGUGUUGCGCAGGCGAUGCACGCAGGUGUGAUGCUGACCACUCAGAAGCAUCACCAGCGCGUUAAGCUCGCGGCAAAGGCCGAACUUCGCGGACUUGAAGUCCAGACAGUGUUUGCUGAUGCGAAGCAAGGGCGCGAGUACACGAACAUGCACACACCCGAUGACCGCCGCAGCGCCGCCUUUGUCGAGUACACUGUCAGCAGCUCCGGCCUCCUCACGGGCGUCGAGGUCUCACACCUCAACAUGCUCGCCCUCGGCCAGGCCUUCAAGAAUCAGCUGUCACUGGAUGACACGCACACGAUUCUUGUGCAAGCGGAUCCGACGUCCGGCCUCGGUCUUGCGUCAUGGAUGUACCUGCACCUCAUUGUUGACCAGCCCUUUCUCCUCGUCUCCGAAGGACGACAGGUCAACCCGCUCCUCUGGCUCCACCUCGUCGCAAAACUCGACGUUGAGGUGGCCAUCUGUACGCACAAGGCGCUCUUUGCGAGUGUUCAGCAGUUCCUCCGCUGUCCGCCACAGCUUGACAAGGGGCUGUCGUGCCUGUCGCGGUGCAUCGUUCUCUGCCGUGACCGCCCCUGGUCCUCGCUCAUCUCCUACUUUGAGACGGCAUUCAAGCUGAUGAAGCUGCGGCGCCACGCGUUGUGCCCCGUGCUGGAAACGCGUCCAAACGCGUUUGUGAGCAUGGUUCCUCCAGACGCCGAUCGGCAACAGGCGUUUGUUGAUCUCCUCAAACUCUCGCGCGACCGCAUCCAGCUGCUUGAGCGUGGCUCCACCUCGGAGGCGUGUGUAUGGGCACUCGGCGAGCCCGUCCCAGGAACAAAGAUUGCCGUCUUGACGCCGGACAAGAACGCGCUCUGCGGCGCGCAGCAGAUUGGCGAGAUUUGCGUCUCCAGCGCACACAACGUCAAGCGUUACACGGGCAUCGCCCAAGCGUCUGUGCGGAGCGUGAACCGGCGGCUGCUUGGUGCGCACCUCCCCGGGCGACAGGAGGCGUAUGCGCGCACAGGCCUGUACGGGUUCCUGCACGACGGACAGGUGUUUGUGGUCGGCAACAGGGAGGAUGACGUCACCCAGCUUGGCCUCAGGCACCAUCCCGUGGACAUUGAGGACACGAUUGAGCGCGCGUUUACGUUCAUUGAGAUUGGCGGGUGCGCGGUGUUUGGCAUGGGCGACUAUGUGAUUGUCGCUGUUGAGGCAGAGGAGCUGCAGCAGCCCGUGCUCACCGCCGCCCCACGCAUCAUCUCCCUCUGCAUGAACAAGCACAGGGUUGUGGUGAAUGCGGUGAUGUUUCUGCAGCGUGACUCCAUCCCCAUGGACUCUGGCGGCAUGAAGCAACGGCAGCUGCUCAAGCACCUCAUCACCAGCGGCCAGCUCAAGCCCGCGCACGCCAUCCUCAACCACACCAUGGCUUGAUGAUGCGCACACGUGCAUGCGCACGUUAUCUGUGCUUUCUAGUGUGGGUGUGCGCGCGUGCGUGUGUGUGUGUGUGCAUGCGUGUGUGU